CCCUCGCGCUGCCAUACGCGGACCGGCCAACAUCCGAGGACUCUGGCCCUGAGUAACCCCCUUGCGUGACCUUUCCGCACCCCGCACACCUCGGCCAGCUCGGCUCCGGUCCCGCCGUUGUGUGCCUGCCGCCCCCCGCCGAGCCCCGCGAUCCCCUGACCACGCGCAGUCACCCCGGCCGCUCGUCAUGGCGGCCCUCAGCAAGUCCAUCCCUCAUAACUGCUACGAGAUCGGCCACACUUGGCACCCCUCCUGCCGGGUCUCCUUCCUGCAGAUCACUUGGGGCGCCCUGGAAGAGUCCCUCAAGAUCUACGCGCCCCUGUACCUGAUUGCAGCCGUUCUCCGGAAGCGGAAGCUGGAGUACUACCUGUACAAGCUGUUCCCUGAGAUCCUCCAGUCCGCCUCCUUCCUGACUGCUAACGGGGCCUUGUACAUUACUUUCUUCUGUGUUUUAAGGAAGCUACUUGGAAAAUUCUACUCCUGGACUCCAGGCUUUGGUGCUGCUCUCCCAGCCUCUUAUGUGGCCAUUCUGAUUGAAAGGAAAAGCAGGAGAGGGCUGCUCACAAUUUAUAUGGCCAACUUGGCCACAGAAACACUAUUUAGAAUGGGUGUUGCAAGAGGAACCAUCACAACAUUAAGAAACGGAGAAGUUCUUUUGUUCUGCAUCACAGCGGCCAUGUACAUGUUCUUUUUCAGGUGCAAAGAUGGUUUGAAAGGCUUUACGUUUUCUGCACUUAGGUUCAUUGUGGGGAAGGAAGAAAUCCCCACACAUUCGUACUCACCAGAGACCGCGUAUGCGAAAGUGGAGCCGAAGAAGGAGAGGCACAAGGGAAAGCCAAGAGGGAUGAACAUAAUCGCGCUGGUUAGGACGCUCGUGGAUUCCAUAUGCAAGCAUGGACCAAGGCACAGAUGCUGCAAGCAUUACGAAGACAACUGCAUCUCCUACUGCAUUAAAGGCUUCAUCAGGAUGUUCAGUGUGGGCUACUUGAUUCAGUGCUGUCUCCGGGUUCCCUCUGCGUUUAGACAUCUGUUCACAGAACCAUCCCGACUACUUUCGCUCUUCUACAACAAAGAAAACUUCCAGCUGGGAGCUUUCCUGGGAUCCUUUGUUAGUAUAUAUAAGGGGACGAGUUGUUUCCUCCGCUGGAUCCGGAACCUGGACGACGAGCUGCAUGCUAUUGUGGCUGGGUUUUUGGCAGGUGUAUCCAUGAUGUUUUAUAAGAGCACAACAAUUUCCAUGUACCUAGCUUCCAAACUGGUGGAGACAAUGUAUUUUAAGGGCAUCGCGGCCGGGAAGGUUCCGUAUUUUCCUCAGGCAGACACCAUCAUCUAUUCCAUCUCCACAGCGAUCUGCUUCCACGCAGCUGUUAUGGAAGUUCAUAACUUGCGACCAUCCUACUGGAAAUUCCUUUUAAGGCUCACCAAGGGCAGGUUUGCACUCAUGAACCGCAAAGCCCUGGAUGUCUUUGGUACUGGUGCAUCUAGAGAAUUUCACAACUUCAUCCCCAGGCUAGACCCACGGUACACGGUUGUCACGCCGGAGCUGCCCAUAGACUUUUCCUGAAGAUGACUAUAACUCAUGGACUGUGUUUUGCCAUUUUCUCCCGAAGAGUUAAUAUGUUCAACACAGAAGGGGCCCAAGCUGAACCUCAGUGUUAUUUCAAUGAGAGAUGCAUUUUCUUUCUUUCCGUACCAAUCAGAAAUACAGAAGCUUUUUAGAAAGGCAUUGCUUAAUAAUUAAGCUUCCUCUGUAGCCAGAAUCUGAUUCUGGACCAUGUAGUGUUGACAUUGUGAUAUAUUAUUGAUUAAAUUAUGUCCACAAAGAAUAUUGAAUAAUCUAUAUAGAAAUAUAAUAAUAAGAGUAUACUUAAAAUUACUUUAAAAGAUAUCUUUAGUUCAUUCCAAUAGAAUUCUUGGUCAAAGAUAAGAAUAUUUCUCCACUUUAGGAUUUACAAAGGAUCACGGGUACCUGAAUUCAAUCUGUGCUUUUUGAGCUUUUGAGUGGAUUUCUGUAGCUGUGGGGCGUUGGAGAUGCAGAGAUCCCUCCACAGGUAUUGCUGCUUCAGUGUGGAGCAAUGAGGAACAAGUGGCCAUUCUUAUUUCAGGGAUACAGACGUGGGUCUCAGACUAUUUGGGCCACUGUCAUGGUGGUAUCCAUGCUCUUUUGCUCAGCUGACAGUCCCAUCUCUCUCUGUGACCAGGUGGACUGUUUGGCAGUCCCGUGACCUUACCUGCCACUAGCAGGAUAGGAGCGAAUAGAAACCAACAUGAGCAGAGUAUGUCUGAGUGUGCACAGGGGUGUUGCACCAGAAUAUUGUCAAGCAGACAUCUAAAGGCCAAUCUCCACACCUCCCGCAAGUGUAUUACGUUUAUUUUCCCUUACAGUGACCGAACCCUUAGCGACUCAGUUUGAAUGCCAUUGGCGUAUUAGAAGGGGUUAAGAUGCUAUGGAAGAAAAGAGCUUUGGGCCAGUUUGACAGUUGGUAGCCUCUCUACUGUCUCACCUAAGUGGGAUGCUUUACAUCUAAAAAUGGGAAAAUGCAGUGAUUUCUGCCCCUGCUUCCUGUCCUCUCUGGAGUUAAGGGACAACCGAUAGCUGGUGCUGAUUACGGAAGCAGUCCAGGACAGCUGACUGAAAUGUGAUCACUGGGUUUUUCUGGGAAAGCUGUACUUUUCUAGGUUAAUAAAAAGCUGGAAUUGAUGGUGUGUCUACAGUUAAUGUAAUGUAUAGGAAUUAUCUUUAAAUAUAUAAUUUCGUUGCUAAAACAGUUUCAGGCCAUUGUAAGUUAUGCAGUAGAACUUGUGUUAUGACAGGGAUUGUAACCCAGACAUUAAAAUGCUUCAUCUCCCACAUUCAAUUACA